UGACUAUGUUUGCUCAGACAGUCACGGAGGUGGAGCUUGCUUGUCACGAGUUUCAAGUAAAGGGAAAGAGAACUGCCGUGUACAGACGUGCUUGCUUCUCGCUGUACGCAGCGGUUUACCAUGACCAUACUGAUUGACCGAAAUGGCACCCGAACCGCCGGAGUCCAACACGAAACUGUCAACGGCCUCUUUUCUCCAGUGACCUGAAAGCAGAAAGACGACCACAUUUCUAUUUCCAUCACAAAGUGAAACCUCUGGUUGUCGCCUAGCAACAAAAUGCUUGACUCAGACAGUCAGUACACCAAACUGCGAUGGUCAUUAACCAUUGCUGGACUUGCCUUGUAUGCGUUGGACAUUUGGACAGACAUUGCACUGGCUCUGAAAUAUUUUCAAGAGAAACAAUAUGCCUGGACUGGAUUGACUUUAGUGUUUGUUCUGGCCGGACUGCUGACGACCCAGCUCUUCAGCUAUGCCUGGUACAGGGACGACGCGAGAGACGUCCUGAGGAACUCCGAGGGGAGAACAACCAUAGCAGGGAUCUCAAAUUGUGGACAUGCCGCCCUGCACCUUUUCGGCUUGGGAGUCUUCACCAGGUAUUAUCACCUGCUGAAAAAGGGGUUUAAAGUGAUUUGGACCACAACAAGAAGUUCCUGCACGGUGGAGGAGCAGAGGGACGAGCACCACUAUCUGUUUUGCCUGGCUGCAGAUCUGAGCAUGCUCAAACUGUUUGAGGCCUUCCUGGAGAGCGCCCCCCAACUCCUUCUACAACUAUACAUCGUGCUGGGCCACGAGUGCUCUAUUGUGCAGUAUUUAUCUAUGGCCUCAUCCUUCUUUAAUAUCGCCUGGGCCCUGGUGGACUAUCGCCGCUGCUUGCGCAGAUCCCUCCCCCUUGUCAGGGAGAUGCCCUCCGGCCUUCCCACAGCAGUCUACCUCCUGUACAAACUCUGUACCAUCACCAGCCGCAUCCUCAGCUACAGCCUCCUCUUCAUGCUGAGCGCCUACAGCACCGUGGCCCUCACCCUCCUCUGGCUGCUGGGGACAACCUUUGCACACUCGCUUCGCACCGACUUCUGCUCAUCCUACGGCCUGGAGCUUCUCUACCGGGCCGUCAUUGGAGCCAUCCUCAUGUUCACCUUUUUCAAUGUCAAAGGGCAGGACGCGAAGGUAGCCAUGACCGUCUAUUACGCUUUCCACUCUCUUGUCAACAUCAUGGCUCCGCUGUUGCUGGCUCUGUUGAAGCCAGAGUUGCAGACUGCCAUGUUUCUGCUGCCGGUCAGCGGUUUGAUCUUCGGAGGGUCAGUGCUGGGGCUGACGUGCCUCGUACUGUACUACCUCCUCCUGCAUCCCGCGGGGAAGUGGCGAGGGUCCGAUGAGGUGGACGGGCUGGGACAGGAAACAGAGAGCAUGGGGAGACUAAGGAACUUUUUACAACCUUAAAGAGAAGGUACUUUCAUUGUAACGCUUUACAGAGGGACAGAUAUGCACCUGCUGUUAAUCUGAAACUAUCCUAUAAAUCUGUACAGAGCGCAAGCAGAGAGUCAUCGUCAUGCUGUGCUCAUUAUUCAUUAUGUAUUCAUAUUGCUGAAACUCAUCAUCCCCUAUUCUGGGAUUUAAAUUUGCUUUCUUAUCACUGAUAAAUAGCUAGCUAAAUAUGAAUGUGCAAUAUAGUUAGUUGUUCCAAUUGAUAUAAGAGUUUUAUUUAUUGUUGCUUGCAUAAAAAUGAAUAUGUCAAUGACAUAUACAUAGAUAUAUUUUUUUAUAAUGUCUAAUAUCUCUUAAUCCUAAUGGACAGCUAUCUUAGUCUCUCUUUGCUGCAGAUAUAUGUCACUGUGGCACAAACAUUCAAUUGAUCUUACAUUGAAAGCAACUAUUUGAAAAAAAAGAUACAAAUAGUUUUUCAUUUUAGAUGUACACAGAUUUGUAUCUUUGCCAUCUCUCUUGUCAGUUUGUCAUAUCAUAUUUUUGAUCCUCCCUUCGACAACUCAGUGACUUGCGCUUGUGGUCCGGUCAUUUCAACCUGCACGCCUCAGCCGAAAACUAUUUAGUGGGUACGGACGAAAUAGCUCCUCUCAGCCUGUUGCACAAUGUUCAACACAUGGUGGCGUCAUAGUCUAGGUUGACUUCUCAUAGGCAGCAGCGAGCUCCUCGCUCCUCGCUCCUCCGCUGCUCUCGGCCCACAUCGACAAAAAGGUGAAGAGGAUCCUUCUUGCCAGAAAACAUGCAACAAUAUUUCAGGACCACGCCGGGACUUUCUCCCCUCAUGUGUUCUCCCCUAAUAUUUCUGUUGGAAUUUAAUCUCAUUAUAAUUAAUCACUUUUUAUUUGUUAUUUUUAAAACUAUCUUAAACUGUAACUGUAUAAUUGAUGUGAGUCCUUAAAUUAUAUCCUUCAGUCAAUUGUUUGAA